AUGUUGACGGGAUGGCGACUGGCGGUUUCAAAAUUAUUUAUAAUACCACAAAGAUAUGUUCUGGCUAUUAUGGCUCUAUUGGCCGUGGCCAAUGCGUACACAAUGCGAGUUUGCCUUAAUCUAGCUAUCACUCAGAUGGUGAAGAGGAAUACGGACUCAUCAGAGGAUGGAUCAUCAAGUAUUGGCUCCGACGUGUGUCUUGAUCAGGCUGACAGGUCUUUAGCGGCUUUGGCUGCGGCUGCGGCUUCCCUUGUUAAUCAAACAAUUACCACCUCCACUACCACUGAGAGCAGUGUAGUAGAGAGUAGUUUACUUAGAGUUGCCGAUGGUGAGACUGUGCUAUUCGAAUGGAGCGAAGCAACACAGGGCCUGAUUCUUGGGUCCUUCUACUAUGGCUAUGUCUUAACUCACGUUCCUGGAGGCAUGUUGGCUGAACGUUUUGGUGGUAAAUGGGUGCUUGGCUGUGGAUUGCUAUCUACGGCUCUGUGCACAUUCAUUACACCUGUUGUAGUGAAAGCAGGAGGGGCUUAUGCUUUGUUUAUUUUAAGAGUAAUUGAAGGCUUAGGUGAAGGCCCAACAAUGCCUGCUCUCAUGGCGAUGUUAUCAAGAUGGGCACCGAAAGCCGAACGGGCACGCUUUGGAGCAAUCGUAUUUGGUGGAGCCCAAAUAGGUAACAUCGCUGGCUCAUUUUUCUCCGGUAUUAUCAUGCACAACGGCACUUGGGACAAUGUAUUUUAUAUGUUUGGAGGACUUGGCCUUAUCUGGUUUGCUUUAUGGUCAAUCCUGUGCUACAGUGACCCGAACCAACAUCCCUUUAUAUCAGACAGCGAAAGGAAGUUCCUAAACCAGAACGUAGAUGCUUUAAUGCACGCAAGGAAGAGGCUUGACCCCACUCCAUGGAAGGCUCUGGGCCGAUCAAUACCUCUAUGGGCAUUAAUUAUUGCUGCUAUUGGACACGACUGGGGCUAUUUCACAAUGGUGACGGAUUUGCCCAAAUACAUGACAGAUGUUUUGAAAUUCAAUAUCAAAUCCACUGGUUAUCUGUCGUCUCUGCCGUACGUGGCUAUGUGGGUUGCUUCUUUCAUCUUCGGGAUGCUGUGCGAUUUCUGCAUUAAGAGAGGAUAUCACAGUAUAAGCAGUGCUAGGAAAAUUUACACUACUAUUGCUGCUACCGGCCCAGGAAUCUGCAUAAUUCUAGCCUCUUACUCCGGUUGUGACACAACAAUUGCCGUUGUAUGGUUUAUUGUUGCUAUGACCCUUAUGGGUGCAUAUUACAGCGGCAUGAAGAUUAAUCCAUUGGAUAUCAGUCCAAACUACUGCGGUACUAUUACAGCCUUGGUUAACGGAACAGCUGCUAUUUCUGCAAUCAUAUCGCCUUAUUUGAUUGGUCUUUUGACACCAAAUUCGACCUUAGAGGAAUGGCGUAUAGCGUUUUGGGUAUGCCUCGGCGUGUUAGUUGUCACAAACGUCAUCUAUAUAGUAUUCUCACAAGCAGAGCAACAAUGGUGGGAUGAUGUCAAACUGCACGGAUAUCCCACAAGCUGGAAACAUGGACCCCUCCCAACAAGAAUUGACGACCCUGAAGAACAAAAAAAUGACAACAUUAAAACAGAAAAGAACUGA